UGCUCAGAUAUUCAUGAAUCGUUGCUUCUUCCAGCCUCGCUUUCUCUCUCCCUCUGCCUUUCUGGCGCGGCUCUCCCUCCCUCCCUCUGGUUUCUGCUCUUUCUUACUCCUUCUUUCAGCUGCUUAACUACAGCUCCCACUGGAACUUGCACAAUCAAAAACAACUCUCCUUUCUCAAGCAGCCUCCAGGAGCGCAUCACCUGGAGCAGAGGGACUCGCUCCCCGCGCCGGCCGCCGAGGAGCAGCCAGGUAGCUGGGGGCGGGGAGGGGUACCUUCCUCCCGCUCGGUAGGAGCCACAGUAUCUCUCCGGAGAUUGGCCGUAUCCCACCGUCCGGCCCCCAGGGUCCUGCAGCGGUGAUGCAUAUGUUUCGGAGCAAUGAUGGAAGGAGAAAAGCCGCUGCCGGUGGCAACUGAAAGUGGGGAGAGGUUGCUGCAGUAGCUGAUGCUGCAGAAUGAGCGAGUGAAGAACUGAGCCCUGCUAGAUUCUCCAUCCCGCUCAGUCUUCAUUAACUGUCUCCAGGAGGUAAACCGGGGAAACAGAUAUGCACUAACCAGGCGGGUGCCACCCUGGAUCUAUAACUGUGAAUUCCCCACGGUGGAAAAUGGUAAACAAAGACAUGAAUGGAUUCCCAGUCAAGAAAUGCUCAGCCUUCCAAUUUUUUAAGAAGCGGGUACGAAGAUGGAUCAAGAGCCCAGUGGUCAGUGUGGACAAGCAUCAGAGUCCCAGACUGAAGUACACUGGCUCCUCGAUGGUGCACAUCCCUCCAGAGGAGCCAGACUUUGAGCCUCCCUUGUGUCAAACAUGCCUGGGUGAACAUGCUUUCCAAGGAGGGGUUCUCCCUCAGGAGAAGGAGUCGUGUUCAUGGGAAACCCAAUCUGGGUGUGAAGUGAGAGAACCAUGUAAUCAUGCCAACAUCCUGACCAAGCCCGAUCCAAGAACCUUCUGGACUAAUGAUGAUUCAGGUAUUAUUGGAAAAAUACAGUCUGUUUCCUGUUAUGUACAGGAUGCAUUCUGUAGUAAAGCUCUAACAAAGGCAAGUACUAUUAUCGGCAACACAGAUAAUGUUCUUUGCUUAGAGAAAACCAGAUAA